AAUUAGCGUUGGUAACUACUCGGGUGAAACGCCAGUUGCCUUUCUCAUGCCAGAAAAAGCUUACAAGUUGCGGUUACUGAGCUGUAUCACUUGAUAUGAGCAAGCAAUCCAUCGGUCCGACACCAGUCAUGAAUCCAGAUCCGUGGAACGGCCAACAGGGCCCCGUGGAAGUCCCAGCUUACAACUCGGGGGCGAAACCGGCCGCUGCCGCUGGCCAGCCCGCCGGCGCGGGAGGGGAGCGCCCGGUCAGCCGCGGCGACAUGGGCUCGUUCUUCGCUGAGGAAGAUAUUUACCAAAUGACCCCUAGUGUUAAGGUUGAAUAUGCGGAAAUUUUCAAAGAGGCUGAUGGUGCCGAUAGCUUCGAUGCGCUUGCCAAUGCGAGUGGGUUGGUCUUUAAAUGGACACAGCUCGGCGUCUACCGUUUCUUCAGCCUGAUUUUCGGCGUCCUUCUGGUCUUUCUCUGGGGGAUCAUUUUCGCCCUUAUCAACUUUUUCACGGUGUUCAUCAUGCAACCCACUGUCAAGCUGACCUUCAUUCUGCUGAGGCCCAUAGCCAUGCUGUACAAGGCAAACGUGCGGUCCUUCCUGGACCCGCUGUGGCAGUCCAACGGUUUGAUCUUCUCUCGCAUUAUGGGCAGGUUUGCUUUCAACUUCAAAGGGCUGCCGGGCCAGAAGCCGACCCGCGCAGCCGCCAUCGAGGAACUGUGAAAUGUAGGCUACGAUUUCCACCAAAAGUGCCAAAGAAUUCAUGAGCGGUUUUGUGGUGUAUCGUUUGAGGUCAGUGUCAGUUUGUUGAAAGUGUCCAUAGUGUUAAAUUUGCAGGGAAUUUAGAUGAAACAACAUAAUAAAUGUGAAAUUAGCUGUCUUGUUGAGUAUCUUCAGCAGCUGACGAUGUUUUUAAUGUAACGCUACAACGCACUGAAUACUUAGAUAGUGACCUUUACUUAAAAAUUACUAAAUAAUUGCCAUUGAAGCCAAAAAACAUCGAGCAAUACGACAGAAACUACAUUUAAGAGUGCUGUUAAGAGGUACGCUUCAAAAAAUGUAAUCAAAAUAAGCCAUUUUAAAACAUAUUAGACAAAGAUCAGGAAAGGUGUAAAGUUUUAAUGAUUUCAACUUUCAAUUGCAAUGUACUGUAGGAUCAGGUUAUAGUAAAGCACAUGGUAUUAACAAUAAAGUUUCUAUUAAAUGAAUAGAAUUCCGGGUAGUUUAUCAAUGGAUAAAUAUACAAUUUUGAGAUUGUGAAAUAUAAUAUUAUUUUAUUGUUCUGCUGUGUAUUUGACUAUUUCAAAAAGUAUUUCAAGGGUACAAAGGAACAGGGCUGAUAUUUCGGUACUUUUGUAGAAAAUGUUACUUUUGGUCGUAAAAAUAUAUAUAUUUCUAUUUUCAAAUUCAUCUAUAUAUGUAUUAGUUUGUCUUUUGUUUUUCUUUACCAUUAAAUUAGGCUGACUUUUUUGUACUUUUGCAGAAAAUGUUACUUUUGGUCGUUAAAAUAUAUAUAUAUCUAUAUUCAAAUUCAUCUAUAUAUAUUUGUCAAAACUGUACUUAAAGGGUCUUAACAAGGUAACUUGGGUUGUUGAUGUACAUGUAUAAGUAAAUUAAAAGGCACUUGGAGAGCA